CCCCUUUCUCUAUCCCAAUAAAUUACACUCUUGCCACUCCUCUUUCUCUCUUCAAUGGCUUCUCUGCAACUUUAUCGGAAUCAUUUCUUCCGUCGCCGCUGCAACUUCCGGUCAGAAUUCCAUCGCCGUAGCCCCGACUCUCUUUCCUUUUCCAGGAAGGUUCUAUUUUCGAAAAAACUAAGACUUCCGAGUUCUACAGUGAGAGAUGGUGGAUGUUCUAUCUGCUGUCACAGCAGCAAAUCCAACUCCGAAAUCGAGAAGACUUCUGUACAGGUACAGAAGAAGAAUGACGAUCAGCGGCCUCCUUUUGAUAUAGACCUGGCUGUUGUUCUUGCUGGUUUCGCUUUUGAAGCUUAUUCGAGUCCUCCGGAAAAUAUAGGUUACAAAGAAGUGGAUGCAACAGAUUGCAAAACAAUCUUCAUCUCCGAAUCGUUUAUGCGAGAAAUAUACGACGGUGAAGUAUUUAUUAAGCUGAAGAAAGGUUUGGACUUUCCUGCCAUGGAUCCUUGGGGAACAAGUGAUCCUUAUGUAGUCUUGCAAUUGGAUAAUCAAGUUGUCAAAAGCAAUGUAAAAUGGGGGACAAAGGAGCCAACAUGGAAUGAAGACUUUGCUUUACAUAUCAAGCAACCUACAACAAAGAAUGUUCAGGUUGCUGCUUGGGAUGCAAAUCUUGUUACUCCCCAUAAACGGAUGGGAAAUAGUAGUAUUGAUUUGGGAUGCCUCUGUGACGGAAAUUUGCACGAGGUUUUGGUUGAACUGGAAGGUAUGGGUGGUGGUGGAAAGAUACAACUAGAGAUCAGAUACAAGAGCUUUGACGAAAUAGAAGAAGAGAAGAAGUGGUGGAAUAUCCCUAUUAUUACAGAAUUUCUGAAGAAGAAUGGUUUUGAUUCUGCUUUAAAUAUGCUGGUUGGUUCAGAGACAAUCCAAGCACGUGAAUUUGUAGAAUAUGCAUUUGGGCAAAUUAAGUCGCUUAAUGAGUCGUAUCUUCAGAAUGAUUGGUUUGCUAAACUUGGCAAGUCAGAUACUAAUGAAAUUGCUGAGAAAUCAACCAGUGCUGAGACAGAAGUAGCGCCUUCUUUCAAGGAUGGACCAGAGAGCUAUAUAAAUGAUACAAGCAUGGUAGAAAAUGGUUCAAACACUCAAGCUAGUAAUGCCUUGCUGUCAGAUGGCCAUUUUUGGAAGAGUUUUUCUGACCUUAUCAACCAUAAUGUUGUUCAGAGGCUUGGUCUCCCUGCUCCUGAGAAAGUAAAAUGGGAUGGCUUUGAAUUGUUGAACAGAAUUGGUAUACAGUCCCAGAAGAUUGCAGAAGCAGUCUAUAUUGAAUCUGGGCUUGCAACUUCUGAAGGUCAGAAUACUGCUGAUAAUGAUAUAACAGCUGGGAAACUGAGCCUUAACAACAUUCAGACUUCUCUUCCGGAUAUUAAGAAGGUUACCCAAGAUGUAUUGCGGCAGACCGACUCUGUUCUUGGAGCCCUAAUGGUUUUAAAUGCCGCUGUUGCAAAAUUAAACAAAGAAGCCCGUCUCUUUGGAAAAAGCGAAGGUGAAGAAAAUACCCCUACUGAAAUGAAUAAUGAUGCUUCUGGAAUUACAAAGAGUGGAAUUACUGAUCUGCCCUUGACAUCUGAAUUGGAUGAGAAGAAAGCAGAGGAGAUGAGGGUACUCUUUUCAUCAGCAGAAAGUGCUAUGGAGGCUUGGGCAAUGCUGGCUACUUCGUUAGGUCAUCCAAGUUUCAUUAAAUCUGAAUUUGAGAAGAUAUCUUUCCUAGAUAACCCAUCUACUGAUACCGAGGUGGCAAUUUGGCGUGAUCGUACACGUAAAAGAUUGGUAAUUGCUUUCAGGGGAACUGAGCAAUCUAGGUGGAAGGAUUUGCGAACAGAUUUGAUGGUCAUGCCUACAGGGCUGAAUCCAGAGAGAAUAGGUGGUGAUUUUAAGCAAGAGGUUCAGGUUCAUAGUGGUUUUCUAAGUGCCUAUGAUUCUGUCAGGAUGAGGAUUCUAUCUCUCAUUAAAAUGGCUGUGGGGUUCAAGGAUGAUGAUAAUGAUGAGCAGAUACAUAAAUGGACUGUUUACGUCACUGGGCAUAGUUUGGGCGGUGCCUUGGCGACACUUUUAGCUCUUGAACUGGCAUCUAGUCAAUUAGCCAAGCUUGGAGCAAUUUCUGUUACUAUGUAUAACUUUGGUUCUCCUAGAGUGGGGAACAAAAUUUUUGCAGAACUAUACAAUGAGAAAGUAAAAGAUAGCUGGAGAGUUGUAAACCAUAGAGACAUAAUCCCAACAAUUCCUCGCUUGAUGGGUUAUUGCCAUGUGGCUCAUCCCAUAUAUCUUGCAACAGGAGAUCUCAAAACUCCCAUGGAAAAUAUGGAGCUCAUUGGAGAUGGCUAUGAAGGUGAUGUAAUUGGGGAGGCCACACCCGAUGUUCUUGUCAGUGAAUUUAUGAAAGGCGAGAAAGAGCUUAUCGAGAAGAUAUUGAAUACAGAGAUAAAUAUUUUUCGAUCAAUCAGGGAUGGGAGCGCGCUUAUGCAGCACAUGGAGGACUUUUAUUAUAUUUCACUACUUGAGAAUGUGAGAUCAAACUACCAAGUUGUGGCAAGGUCACAAACCAAUGCAGAAGGCAGAAGACAGUCCAUUGGUUGAAAAGUUGCCUUUAAUUAUAUAUAUAUAUAGAAAUUUAAGUAUUGUAAUUAUGGGAUUUUAGGAAAAUACUUCUUCCUCCAUCUUGUGGUUUAUAUUAUGUUUGUCAUAUAAUAAUUACUUUUACAAACAUAUGCAAGCUGUGAAGAAUGACAAAUUGGUGUUUAAUAAUGAUUCAUUCCACUA